AUGGCUGCUGUAAGCGCUCUACUACUUCUACUGCCGGUAGCGUGGACUUGUGCCCCCCAGAAAGCAGACUAUGUGAUGGUGUCAUGUUUCCCCAAUGCCAUCAUUGCUAACGUCCCGGAGUGUCCCUACGGCUGGGAGAUCGGCCAGCUGUCCCUAGGGGGGCUGUGUUACAGCGGUGUCAACAGCCCAGGGUACUUUCGCUUCACCAUCCCUGACCUGACGCCCAAAAACAACUCGUACUGUGGCACUCACGCCGAGUAUAUUGGUGGUAAAGACCCCAAAUAUGUCUUCUACAACUCCAUUGUGUCCAAUGACACUUCACUAACAGUCAGAAACCAGCCGGUCAACUACACGUUCAGCUGCACGUACCGGGCCGCCUACUUGGUCAACAACGCCGUCUUCAGCCAAAGAGUGGCUACAGUUUUUGUCAACAACGGGAGUUUAGGCACUUUUAGUUCACAGUUGUCUAUGAACGUGUUCACGAAUUCCAAGUUCCUGUAUGCCAAAGACGCCCCCUAUGUGAUUGACACAUCAGAGAUUGGCUCUGAAGUGUUCAUUGGGAUGGAAGCCAAAGGACUCAGCAACAGAUUCAAAGUAGUGAUAAGCAACUGCUGGGCGACACCCACUCCUUACUCAAUAGACAAGAAGAGGUGGAAUCUCAUCAUCAACAGCUGCUCGUAUGACAAAACUGUGACCAUUUUCGAGAACGCCAAAGACAGCCGCUCCAUGUUCAAGUUCAACUCCUUCCGCUUCCAGCGCCAGGAGAAGGUGUCCACUGUUUGGCUUCACUGCGAGGUUGGGGUUUGUGAUGGAGAAAAACUAUCAUGUCAGCCAGGCCCGUGCACUGCCAGAAGCCUCCCUUCUGAAGCAGAGCCAAGUGGCGGUAUCCUCACCACAGAGUUCCACCUUAAAGGCACGUCUCUAUGUAUCCUGUGUAUAGUCCUGGUAAACACACUGUUGGGUUGUGUGAAUCUACCCAAAAUGUAGAAUAUAUAAAUGCAUUAGAACUGUAUGUGUGGACAAACUACUACACUUUUGGAGAGGAUAUGAAACUAUAUAGACAUGCUGGACACAUAUACUGACAAGAAUAUACACUACCGGUCUAAAGU